AUGUUGAAACAUUUAAUUAUUGUUGAUUUCCUCUUUGCCAUAUUAACCAGCCUUCAUUCACCGGUGAAUGCAUGUUUCGCCUCGAUUUUCAGCUUCGGUGAUUCCUUGACGGACACCGGUAACUUAGUCGCGAUUUCACGUUCGGUGUCUCGCCGGCUUCCUGCGUCGGCUUUUCCUCCGAACGGCCGCACCUUUUUUCAUCGUCCAACCGGGAGGCGCUGCGACGGCCGGUUAAUUAGCGAUUUCCUUGCUGACUCUUUGGGAUUUCCCUUUCUACCAUCAUAUUACGGAUCGAAUCGAAAACCGGACGAGUUCGAAAAGGGUGUGAACUUUGCAGUGGAAGGUGCUACUGCACCGAAUUCAUCGUUUCUAGCAGAAAGAGGAAUCCCCAGUCGAAUCACCACCAUUUCUUUAGGAGUUCAAAUCAAUUCCUUCAAACAUUUAUUGCCAUCUAUUUGCUCAUGUUCAUCCGGUAUUUUUUUUUUGGGUAAACUUCUUUAAAUACCACUAAACUUUAGGUACUGACUC